GAGGCCGGGCCAGCGAUGGCGCGGGAGGGUUCCGGGCGGGCGGGAUGCUGGCGCCGGGCGGGGGCCCGGGGCGGGGGCCGGCGGCGGCCUCCGACGUGGGAGGUCUCGGACUCGGACGACGAGGGCCCCGCCGGCGCGAAGGCCCGCGGGCCGGUGGAGGAGCGAAGGGCGGCGGCGGAGGAGCGCAGGGCGGUGGCCGAGGCUCUGCGGCCGGAGCGGGCCCUGCGGCGCGUGGCGGUGCGCUUGGACCCAGCCCUUCUGGAAGAUGCUGGUGCCGACGUCCUGCUGGAGGCCCUGGGCGCUCUGGGCUGUGAGUACCACAUCGAACCCCAGCGCCGGGCCCGGAGCCUCAGGUGGACCAGAACGAAGCUGGACCCUUGUCCCCACACUGUGCCUUCAGAGGUGUGGGCUGCCGAGGAACAGGUUCUCCUGCUCCUGGAGCCGGAGGAGUUUCUACAGGGCCUCCUACAGCUGACCCAGACUUGUGGCCCAUCUUGCUCCGUGCCCUGGGUCUGUCCUGAGAGCUCCACCGGCCCCCACCUGGCUGUCAUCGGGCUUGAUGCUUACCUGUGGUCUCAACAGCCCAGCAACCAGGAUGUGCGGCAGCCAGAGAGCCCAGCAGUGGCCCGUGCCCCAGUGGCACUCAGCUGGCCCAAGGUGGAAGAGGGCCUGGUCCUCCUGCAGCUCUGGGCACAACUGGAUGUGCUGCUGGGGGCCUCCUGGCAGGAGCUGACUCCGCACAUAUGCGCCUUCACCAGGGCCCUUGCUCAGCGCCCGCUCAAGCGGUACCGGGAUUCCUGUGCCUUUUCCUUCUGUGUGGCUGGGCGCCGGGCAGCCAGCGAGCGUGUGGCGAGAGAUGGCACAGGGCUGCGGGGGGUCUGGUGGCGACAGAUCAGGCAGUUUCGCCGGGUCAGCCCUGCUGUGGCCGAUGCCAUUGUCACCGCCUUCCCCUCCCCCCGCCUUCUGCAGCAGGCGUUCUCGAGCUGCAGCACGGAGCAGGAGCGCCUGGCCCUCUUGGCGAACCUCCCCGUGAAGACUGGCGGUGCCGGCCAGCCGCGCAGGGUGGGGCCUGACCUUUCCCGCCGCAUCUGCCUCUUCCUGACUGCCACCAACCCCGAGCUCCUACUGGACCUGAGCUCCUGACUAUGUCUGUGGGACAGGAAGGAGCCCUGUCUCAGCAGCGGGACAGAACGUGGUCCACCC